GCAGAGAGGAAGACCUCCGUCACGGAGAAACGCCGCUCUGUACAAGCUCAACAGAUGUAAGUAAUCCUCGUCCUCUCAAACCGCUCAGACAUGGGACACUUCAACACACAAAUAUUGCUCGUCUCCUGCUUAUUGUUUACAUGCUACGAAGCAGAAAAAAUCAAAACCAGAGGUCUGCGCCAGAAGGAUGUCGACUACAUGGAGAAAUACUCGGGCUGCCUGCAGGGGCCUGCAGGCACUCCGGGACGGGAUGGUAAUCCGGGAGCCAAUGGGAUUCCUGGCACUCCGGGUCUGCCAGGCCGAGACGGGGUCAAAGGACAGAAGGGCGAGUGUGUGAGCGAGAGGUUUGAAGAGCCCUGGAAACCCAACUAUAAACAGUGUGCCUGGAACGCACUCAACUACGGCAUUGACCUGGGCAAGAUAACAGAGUGCACGUUCACUAAGCAGUAUGCAGACAGUGCUCUGCGUGUGCUGUUCAGCGGCUCUCUGCGGCUGAAGUGUAAGAACGCCUGCUGUCAGCGCUGGUACUUCACUUUUAAUGGGGCCGAAUGCACCGCUCCGCUGCCUGUAGAGUCCAUCAUCUACCUGGACCAGGGCAGCCCAGAGCUCAACUCCACCAUCAACAUCCACAGAACCACAUCCGUUGAAGGGUUAUGUGAAGGCGUUCGGAAAGGUCUGGUGGAUGUGGCGGUCUGGGUGGGAACAUGUGGCGAUUAUCCGCACGGAGACGCCUCCACCGGCUGGAACUCUGUGUCCCGGAUCAUCAUAGAAGAGCUUCCCCUGAGCAGCUGAGUCAAUCUGAGGGAAACUACACACUUAUUAAAGGGACAGUUCACUUCAAAAUUCAACAUUUACUGACUCACUCAUCCUCAAGUGUUUCCAAACAUUCAGGAGCUUUUUUUUUUCUGCUGAACACAAAGUUAUUUUUAAGAGUGUUACAAAGCGGUAACCAUUGACUUACAUUGUAUUUUUGUCCUACAAUAGAAGUCAAUAGUUACCAGUUUUCAAAAUGUCUUUACAACAGAAAAAAACUGCCAAGAUGAGUAAACGAUGAGAGCGUUUUCAUUUUUGGGUGAAAUAUUCUAUCAAAGCUGCAGUCCAGAACUGUUUUUAUUUUUUGUUUGUUUGUUUAAAAUGACCCAAAAUCAGCAUUUGACCAAGUACUAACCAGCCAGUGUUCAAAACCAUCUCCUUACCUUUCUUUUUUCUGCUAAACACAAAAGAAGAUGUUUUGAAGAAUGGUACAGACCUGUAACCAUUGACUUACAUUAGGGAUGUCAAAUUCAAUUCCUGGAGGGCCGCAACCCUGCACAGUUUAGUUCCAACCCUAAUUAAACACAGCUGAUCAAACUAAUUAAGUCUUUCAGUCUUGUUUAAAACCUACAGGUAAGUGUGUUGAAGCAGGGCUUGAACUAAACUGUGCAGGGCUGCGGCCCUCCAGGAAAUGACUUUGACAUCCGUGACUUAGUAUUUGUUUGCCUAUUAUAGAAGUCAGUGAUUUCCAGUUUUCAAAAUAUCUUUUUUUAGGAGAUAAAAACUACCAAGAGGAGGAAAAAAAAAAAAAACAUGAGAGAUUUUUCAUUU